AUGGCCGCUGCCUUUGCAGCUCUGGCUGUAGCCAACCCUCUCCCCCAGGAGAUUGACUGGGCUGCUGUUGAUGCCCUUACUCCCAUUCCUACUGUUACGGUGCCUGUUGUCGACGUUAGUGCUCAAGCCAGCACUGUCACCUACGAACCGUCCGCUGCUGCAACUUCCGUCGCUGCUGAGGUCAAGGCGUCCGGUGUCAGCUCUGCUGGCCUCAAGGCUCGCGCAGCUGUUACUUGCAAGCCUCAACCUACUGGUGCUGGCCCAGUCCCUACACCUGAUACUCCUGAAGCUUUCCUGGCCUACAAUGACUUCUCGGCCACUGCCAACAGGGCCAAAACCCCAUCGGGCUACUACAACACCUUCACCGACCUGCAGGCCUCAAACAAUGCUUACGGGCAAAGCAGAUACAUGGGAUACACUGUGCUCAACGAGUAUUCGACACAGACCUGUGCUGAUAAGUGCGAUGCUAUCAAGGGCUGUGCUGCCUUCAACAUCUACUUUGAGCGCGACCCAACUGUCAACCCCAAUGAUGCCUCUUGUGCAAACCCAAGCAGCACCACCAACAUCAAGUGUGUCUUCUGGGGAGGUCCCGUCACUGCCGACAAUGCAAAGAACAAUGGCCAAUGGCGCAAAGACUUCCACGUAGUCAUUGCUGGUUCCAACGGCUACGUGUCUAACAAGAUCGUUACUCCUCCUGGCUGCUCUACUCCCAUCUACCUUGGUGAUGCCGCCAUCAAUGCUCCCUUCGACUGCAACGGCAACGAUACCUACCUCGGCGUCCGCAUCUUCCAAUCAGGACCCUUUGACAUUUCCAAGUGUGCCGCUGCUUGCACUGCUCAAGCCGACUACGCUAGAGCCCACCCUCCAUCCAACGGCGGCGACAUCAAGACUUGCCAGUUCUACAACACUUACAUGUUGAUGAAGAACGGCGAGCCCGUUGGUCAGUAUUGUGCUCUCUACGACAACAGCUGGCCUCAGAAGUAUGCCACCAACUUCGGCCAGUACCGUGGUUCUGACAAGUACACCAUUGAGUGGUCGUACAUUUCGUCUAACGCUACCAACCCUGCUCCUGCGUGCCAGCCCAAGGCUUGA